AUCGACCCUGUGAAACUGAAGCACAGCGCAAUAAAACCUUCCACUUUAUUUUUAAGUGGAACUUGACUCGCUCAGUGGUUGCCGAGUGGUUGAACUUCAAUGUGCAUUCUCUCAAAGGAAUUAGUAUAUUGAUUUACCUUUCUGAAGACAGGGUAAUCGAAUGAAUUCGUUACUAUAUAUAUAAAUAGGAGUAUAUAUCUAUGGUUCUACCAUGUCAACUGUAGCUCUCCUAUCUUCAAAGUAACAUCGCGACUGCACACCAACUGCCUAUCUACACUGCACCCCACAGGACUCUUAUAAUCUAACCCAGCUAUUACGAACUCCAUUGGAAAAAACUGUAAUAAGAAGUUCCCCAAACGCAACAUUGAUACUCUUGCAUAUAACCCGUCAUUCUGGAAAUGGAUUCGAACACGACAAUGAACUCGACAUUGUCCGGGGAUACAGAGCCAUUUACGGCCAUCGACUAUGUGGUUUUCAUUAGUAUGUUGGUAGCUUCGAUCAUUACAGGACUCUACCAUGCUUUUGCUGGGGGAGGACAGAAAACGACUUCAAGUUACCUACUCGCUGAUCGUAGUAUGAGUGCUUUCCCCAUCGCGUUGUCGACUGCUGUUUCAUUUCUGUCCGCCAUCACUCUCCUCGGCAUACCGUCUGAGAUCUACACCUAUGGUGUCCAGUAUUGGUGGACUAGUUUCUCAUUUAUCAUCAAGAUGUCUAUAACUGCGGUGAUAUUCAUACCUGUCUACUACGGACUUGGUUUAAUCAGUGCAUAUGAAUAUCUUCAUCUCCGAUUUGGUGUGAUUGUACGGAUUGCUGGGACCGUUUUGUUCAUUCUACAGACGGAGUUCUACAUGGCUAUAGUGAUAUACGCCCCUGCAUUGGCAAUCCAAGCAGUAACUGACCUACCAAUUUAUGCAACUAUCCUUCUGAGCGGAGCAGUAUGCGUCAUCUAUACAGCAUUGGGAGGAAUCAAGGGUGUUAUUUGGGCUGACGUCAUCCAAUUCGUCGUCCUCUUAGUUUCCUUCGUCAUCGUAGUUGUACUCGGUUCUAUCCGUACUGGAGGUUUUGACUACGUUUGGGAGUACAAUAAACAAAAUGGUCACCUGAAUUUCUGGUGGUUUUCCUUGGAUCCUACUGUACGCAUCACAUUCUGGGGAUCAACAAUCGGAGCAGGAUUUAGUGGUCUCACCCAGUACGCUGUCAGUCAAAUAGCAAUCCAACGCUUCCUCACUGCCAAGUCUAUCAAACAUGCACGCAGGUUGUUGAAAACGGCGAACGGUUACUCACACUUAAAGGACAAGUCCAUCCCAACAAAUAGCUGAUUUGAAUAAAAAGAGAAAAAUCCAACAACCAUAACACUGAAAAUUUCAUCGAAAUCGGAUGUAAAAUUGAAAGUUAUGACAUUUUAAAGUUUCGCUUAAUUUCACAAAACAGUUAUAUGCACAUCCUGGUCGGUAUGCAAAUAAGGAGACUGAUGACGUCAUCCACUCACUAUUUCUUUUGUACUUUAUUAUAUGAAAUAUGAAAUAUUCUAAUUUUCUCCUAAUUGUCAAGUGAAACAACGAUUAAUUCAUCCCUGAACAUAUGGAAUUAGCAUUGUUUAAUACUAUAUGGUUCAGUCAAGUUGGUCCUCAUUGUCAAAUCCCCCCCCAAAAAAGAAAUAUUGUAUAAAUUAUUAUAAAUAAAAAAAAAGGAAAUAGUGAGUGAUGGACAUCAUCGACUGACUCAUUUACGUAACACUGAGUUGUGCAUAUCACUGUUUUGUGAAAAAUAAGCGAAAGUUAAAAAUGCCAUAACUUUCUCAUUUUACAUCCGAUUUUGAUGAAAAAAUCAGCGUUAAGGCCCGUUUACACCGCAUCCGGCACGGCGACCGUGCACGGCAUUCCGGCACGGCAUACGGCACGCCGUCCUGUUUUCCAGUUUCCACUGCUCCACGGCACGGCAAUAAAGCCGUGCACGGAUCCCGUCCAGCAGGCAAAAACCGUCCAAUGUACCCAUGAAAACCCAAGGCAAAGAAGCCUGCUUCAGGCGUGGCAAGAAGUAAUUUUUAAGGAUUUUCGUGUAUCUAUGUCCUAUGUAUAAAUUAAUCUUGUCUUGAAUUCCACCAAGAAGCAUCAAUCUGACGGACUGCUCAUUGGACAGACACAAAUAUUCUUUGUUAUUCACUCAUAUCUAUACGGAAUGGAUCGUUCUAUUAUGUAAUUGAAUUUUGUCAUGAUUAAUCUUUUUAUUUUACACUUUGCUUUCCAUACUUCACUUCCCAUUUCUAUGCCAUUGUCACCUGUUCAUCUCAUUCCUUAGUUUAUCUCAUUCCUUAGUUUAUAUAUCAGAUUCUAUUGCCAUUACAACUCCACAUGUUUCUAUUGUCUUCUCAUUUAUAUUCAGAAAAUUCUUCUUCAUUCAUGACCUCGUGCUCAUUGGUUCACCUUUCACCCUUAGUUCUUCCACUUUUCUUGAUUCUUCUAUUCUCUCUGUUUCUAUUAGUUAAAUUGGUUAUUCGAAAUUAUUUCUGAACAUAUUUGAAUACGGUAUAUUAUUUGUUUAAAGGUCAAAUCCACCCAAGAAAACUGUUGAUUUGAAUAAAUAGAAAAAAUUCAAACUAGCAUAAUUCAUGCAGAAUCGGAUGUAUAAGAAAGUUAUGACAUUUUAAAGUUUCGCUUAUUUUCACAAAAGAGUGAUAUGCACACCUCAGUGAUAUGUAAAUGAGACAGUUGAUGUCCCUUACUAUUUCUUUUUUUUUAUUGUUUGAAAAAUACAAUAUUUCAUUUAUUUGACAAUAAUGACCAACUUGACUAAACCAAUGCUAAUUCUACAUGUUCAGGGAGGAAUUAAUUGUUGUUUCUCUUGACAAUGAGAAGAAAAUUACAUUUCAUAUUUCAUAUAAUAAAAUACAAAAUAAAUAGUGAGCGAAUGACGUUAUCAGUCUCCUCAUUUGCAUACCGAUCAGGAUGUGUAUAUAACUGUUUUGUGAAAAUUAAGCGAAACUUUAAAAUGUCAUUACUUUCUUAUUUUACAUCCGAAUUUGAUGAUAUUUUCAGUGUUAUGCUUGUUGGAUAUUUCUCUUUUAUUCAAAUCAACUUUUUUGUUGGGGUGGACUUGUUCUUUAAAAGCAAUGCCAAGUGAGGUCUGGCCCAAUAAAUAAGAGCAACACUGGACUUCAUUUUGUCGACAUCUUUAUUUUGAGUUUAGUUCAGCUCCAAAUAUAUUUUAGGUUCUUCAGCAAUCUACAUUAUAUUUGUUGUUGAAAAAAAAGUGAUGCUCAUUAGUUUAUUACAG